AUGCCCAAAAAAGGGAGCCGAAAACGGCUGAAAUACCGAGCUGGGGACGUUUGCUCGGAAUCAGUGACUGUGGCUGAUUAUGCUGAUGCCGAUCCAGCCAUUGUGAAGUCUGGUAGGGUGAAAAAAGCUGUUGCGAAUGCAGUUGAAAAAGAAGUCAAAUUAUUAUGUGGCCUGGAAGCAUCACAGGGUGCUGUCGAGGAGGUUCUGUCCAAAUCUGGCGAGACUUGCGACAGCAGUGAUGACCGAGACGCGGACGAAGAUGGCGAGGGCGAAACUAAAGUGAUCCAUAAGAAGAAAAGCAAGAGGAGAAAGGAAAGCAGCGAGAGCAGUGAUGGAGACGAGUAUCCAGUGGACAUCUGGCUUGUGCUGUCUUCUUAUAUUCGACCAGAAGAUGUAUGCAGAUUCUCACUCAUCUGUAGGAACGCAUGGAUGGUCACAUGCACUGCAGUUUUUUGGACCAGGCUGUACAAAAGACAUUACCGGAUGGACGCCGACCUGCCGUUGCGUCUCCAGCCCGAUCGCAUUGACAGGAUGUGCGGUCUGAGGGCACGUGUAAUUCGCUCCCUUUUCCAUAUGUAUGAGCCGUUCGUCUCACGCGUCUCCGCCAUUCCGACUCUGCCCGAAGCUACGCCCACAACUUUGCUCAAUUCCAAGUGUGUAUUGUUCGGGGUAAAAAAGGUUGCCGGGACUCGACCUGAAGGAUUGUGGGAAUUCAGUUUCAAGUUCGUGAAGCAGCAGGGGAACCCCAGGAAUGGCUGCGCCAAGUCUUUGCCGGUGCCCAAACAGUACGAAGAUGUCCACACCAAUUCAGACUCGGAUUGUUACAUGCUUCAAGUCUCAACAUUCAACUUCAUCUUCACCCCCGUUGUCAUGGGCAUGACACUCACCCUGUUCACCAUCAACGUCAGCACGGACAUGCGCCAUCACCGCGUUCGUCUAGUGUUCCAGGAUUCGCCCGUCCGCAGAGGCAAGAAAAGAGGCGACCACGUCGGGACGCAGGUGGUGCUGGAUCCCGUGCACAGUGUCAGGCUUGUGGACUGGUGGCAUCCACACUACCCUUCUACCUCGUCAUAG